CAGGACAGUGUCCUGGAUGGAGGCCAGCAGGGUGAGUGAUCCCUUCCUACCUCUCCCCUGCUCCCUCUCUCCCAACAAACUUAAUUUUUACCCCCGGCUUUGAAAGAGGAUUAGAACUAACACACAACAAAUCUGACUCAUCAACCAGACUUUUGAACUUCUGAUUUCAAACUCAGUUUCAGACGUCGGACUUCAACUCCCCCAGGUACAAUGGCUCUUGGAGUGCUUAAUUCGCAAGUGAAAAGUUCCCUGAGUGGGAGUGCAUUUUUUGACCGCGGUUCUAUAGAGGAAAAGGAACCCCCACCUCCACUCCGUAGCUACCUUUGUUUGACUAUUUUAACCUGCUUUUGUCCUGCAUACCCCGUCAACAUCGUGGCCCUGGUCUUCUCUAUCAUGUCUAGGAACAGCUAUUAUCGUGGUGACUAUGACGGGUCGAGGCGGCUGGGCAGGAGCGCUCUCUAUGUUGCAGUUGCCUCCAUCAUCAUCGGCCUUCUCAUCAUUGCCAUCUCCUGCAUCGUUCAUUUUACCACUCUUGAGUUUUAGUGCUGUCGAAGUAGAGAGUGGGGCAGAAGAGAAUAAGACACUUGAACUGAAACCUCUGGAUGAAGAGGUCUGGAUGGGCUCAGGUGGUUGUUUCGUAUUGCACCAUCUGCCAGUGAAAGGACUCGACUCAUGUUUACUUCACUCUGUACGUCACUUCCUCUCAUGCUGACUCUUCUUCAUGUGGACAAUCAAGGACUACAAAAUCUGGUGAAUGUAUACGUUUCAGUUAAUAAUGUCAACAAUGCUUUGAACUAAGAAGGCAGCUUUCUACAAAUGUGUGGAGGAAUUAAGAGUUUACAGCAAAUUUUCGUUAGGCUGUCACCCCAAUAAGAGAAAAAUGUAUAACAAAUUCAAUAACAAAAAGAAGAGUGAUUGAUUAAUGGUUUUACAAAAGAAAAAGAAACAAUAACCACAUUUAUGUUCUUAAGCUUUAUUAGAAAUAUUCAGUAAUGCCACUGAUAUCUUGUGCCACAGAAUUAAUAUUCAUUAUUAUUAUUAUUAUUAUUAUUAUUAUUAUAAUGUUUCUGUCUUUGUUAACAAUAAUAAAAUAACUUUGUACAUGAGUUUGGUAUUUUUCUCAUCUAAAGCAACAGAGAAUUUACAAUAUUUUAAUCAUUACUAGUUAGCCUAAACACAUUUCUAGAUCAUUUCUUGCUGUUCAACAGAGUUUGUGUCUUAAGAAUGGUCUGUCUUUGUUUCAUUUUGUUCUAUUAUUCCUGCUUUACUGUAAAAAGGCAUGUAUCCAAUUUAACAAUAGGAUUUAACACAUGAAUAUCAAUUUACUUUUGUAAAGAGUACAGAUACUGAAAACGCUUGACUAAUAUCUUCUGUGGCUCUGAAAGUGAGACUAACCCUUAAAGGAAAUGACAAAUUCGUCCUCUUACAGAUAAAAGGUUAGAUGCAUAUACAAUAAAACACACCUUUCUUCAAUUCUAUACAGUCAGAGUCAUUUCACUGACUGUGUUACAAUAGGUUUUAGCAUUUAGCAUGAUCCCUGAAUUGCUCAGCAAUUAGUUGCUGUCAUCAGGGUUAUCUUGAAUUUUUGCGUUUUUUCUUGAGACUUUUAAAGUAUAACAGAAAGCCUGAUUUACGAACUUGGGGGUGAGGUUUGGGAUAUGGGACUGAAAGGAGUAUCUUGUCCGUUUCUGCUUCCGAUUUUACGAUUCUUUUUCAAAUCCCCUAACUAAAUUGUUGAAAUGCCCCUACAUACUAAAAACCUUUCUUGGCAACCGUAGGGAAUGUAUUUCAUUUCAUUCAGUUAAUGUCAAUGAGUUUGACUAAUCCUGCUGUCACGUUAUCUGACUAGUGCCAUGCUGUUUCCUGCGUGGAUUGCCAUGAUGCAUGGCAUAGCUCUAGACCGAGUAAACACAAACCAAAAGAACAUAUUACCUCUUGCCUUACACCCCAUCCCUCUUUUUAAUCUUUUAUCUUUUAAAUUGAAAAUGAAGACUGAAUGUACAAUUAUUAGAAUUAUUUACAGAAGCAUGGCCCAUUUGAAAGAUUUCUUUUCAGCUCUCUUAUGAACCACUUUUGAAGCAUCAGCUACAACCUGCCUCGCUCGCAAAUGUUCUUGUAUUUUGAUAUGUCAUAGUAUAUCCCAGACUAAAUAUAGAUUUCCCCUCCGUACUGCAAGUUGGCCAGCACGUCACGUGGUCAAGUAGAACUCGCCCUGUUGCGAGGUAACUGAAACAUGUGUGUUAAAAAAGGUGGGAGGAAAUAAAGUGAUGAUUCAGAUGCGAUCUA